UUCAGCUGCAUCAACAUGUCCCUCUCAGACUUCUAUCUCUCUCGUUCUCAUUACAAAACCAGGCUCCAUUUCACCCUCAGAGACUCCCAAAGUGACGUUCUUACUGCUGCUUCCCAAGCUCUAGACCUCAUAAAAAACGAGAAAGUGCAAGCUAUCAUGGGGCCAACAACAACAAUGGAAGCAAACUUUGUGAUCAAUUUUGGAAACAAAACUCAUGUGCCCAUUGUAAGCGUUACAGCAACAAGCCCUUCUCUUACUUCACUUCAAAGUCCCUAUUUUUUCCAAGUUGCACAAAAUGAUUCAGCUCAAGUAAAAGCCAUUUGUGCAAUUGUCCAAGCUUUUGGGUGGAAAGAAGUGGUGCCCAUUUACGUAGACAAUAGUUAUGGUGAAGGGGUCAUUCCUUGCUUAACCAAUGUUCUUCAACAAGCCUACAUCCGAGUUCCCUAUCUAAGUGCCAUUUCUCUUUCAGCCACAGAUAAAGAUAUCACUGAAGAGCUCUAUAACUUGAUGGCAAUGCAAACUAGAGUCUUUGUUGUGCACAUGACACCAAGUCUUGGUUCUCGCCUCUUCACCAUAGCAAGGGAGAUUGGAAUGAUGGGACAAGGCUAUGUUUGGAUUGUAACCAAUGGUAUGACUAGUUUAUUCAGCUCCCUAAACUCCUCAGUCAUGGAAUCAAUGGAAGGUGUAUUGGGUGUUAGGCCUUAUAUUCCAAGAACAAAACAGCUUGAUGAUUUUAAAGCUAGAUGGAAAAGGAAAUUUCUACAAGACUAUCCAACUCUUUUUGACACAAAUUUGAACGUUUUUGGAAUAUGGGCUUAUGAUGCUACCACAGCAUUAGCAAUGGCUGUUGAGAAGGUUGGAGCUGCCAACUUUGAUUUUCAUGCAAGCAAUGCUUCAAGCAACCUUCUUGAUCUUGGAAAGGUUGGCGUGGCACAAAAUGGUGAGAAGCUGCGUGAAGCUCUCUCAAACACUAGAUUCACCGGCCUUAGUGGUGAUUUCAAUGUGAUUGGUGGGCAUUUACAAGCAUCAAUAUUUGAGAUAAUUAAUGUGGUUGGUAAUGGGGAAAGGAGGGUAGGAUUUUGGAUGCCACAAAAAGGGCUGCGUAGAAAUUUGGAUACAAAAGGCUCGAAUAUAUAUUCUACUUCUGAAAACAAUCUUCGAAACAUUAUGUGGCCAGGGGAUACUUACUUAAUCCCAAAGGGAUGGGAAAUUCCUACAAAGGGGAAGAAGUUGAAAAUAGGAGUACCAGUUAAACAAGGAGAUGGUUACACUGAAUUUGUGAAAAUAAACCAUGAUCCUAAAACCAAUGCCACUGAGGUCACUGGCUUUUGUAUUGAUGUAUUUAAAGCUGCGCUAGAAGUGUUGCCUUAUACACCCCCAUAUGAAUUUAUUCCAUUUGCAAAGCCGAAUGGUGAGAUGGCAGGAACAUAUGAUGAUUUGGUCAACCAAGUUUAUUAUGGGAAAUAUGAUGCUGUGGUGGGGGAUGUAACAAUUAUAGCAAACAGGUCCAACUACGUUGACUUCACAUGGCCAUACACAGAAUCUGGCGUGACAAUGGUUGUUCCAGUAAAAGACAAUAGGAAGAAGAAUGCAUGGGCCUUUUUGAAGCCAUUGACAUGGGAUCUUUGGGUAACAACGGCUUGUUCCUUUGUGUUCAUUGGAUUUGUUGUGUGGGUCCUUGAACACCGAAUAAACAGCAGUUUUAGAGGGCCUCCUCCGCAUCAGAUUAGCACAAGCUUGUGGUUCUCCUUCUCAAUCAUGGUGUUUGGCCACGGGGAGAAAGUGGUGAGCAACUUGGGCAGAUUUGUGGUGAUCAUAUGGGCUUUUGUGGUUCUAAUUUUGGUUCAAAGUUACACUGCUAGCCUUACUUCUCUCUUAACCGUUGAACAACUAAGCCCAACUAUUAGAGAUGUCCAUCAACUCAUUAAGUAUAGGAUGAAUGUUGGCUAUAUGAAGGGUUCUUUUGUUCGUGGAAUCUUGAAGGAAUUGGGUUUCCAAGAUUCCCACCUCCAAGUUUAUUAUUCUCCCGAAGAAUGCAAUGAGCUUUUCACAAAAGGAAUUGAAAAUGGUGGCAUUGCUGCUGCUUUUGAUGAAGUUCCCUACGUGAAGCUAUUUCUUGGAACUUACCCUUUCAAAUAUGCCAUGGUUGAACCCAGAUUUAGAACUGGGGGAUUUGGUUUUGUGUUCCCAAAGGGGUCCCCUCUUGUAGCUGAAAUUUCAAGGGCAAUCCUAUAUGUGACUCAAGGAGACAAAAUGAACAGAAUUGAGAAUGCGCAAUCUAGUGUAAUUUCCUCUAAUAAUAGUCUUGGCCUUGAAAGCUUCUGGGGUCUAUUUCUCCUUGCAGGGAUUGCUUCCUUAUUAGCACUUCUAAUCUUUGCAAUCACAUUUUUAUAUCAGCAUAAACAUGUCUGGUCAAGCCAUUAUCCAAGUGCUUCAAUAUGGAAACAUAUUGGAAUCUUGUUAAGGAUAUUCGACCAAAAAGACUUGGAGAGUCACACGUUCAAGAAAAGUGAAAUGGGAAAUAGAAGUGAAAUGAAUAGUCCUCGUCAUGGCAUUGGUGCAAUUGAGACCACCACAAGUUGUCAUUGCCCAACAAGUCCUCUUAGUCAAAUCGAAUCAAACUUUUCCUUUAAUGGAGAAAGAGGAAUAUCAUUCCAGACCAUGAUGAUGCUAUUAACUAUAGUUAUGUUGUUCAAGAUACAGAAAGGAGGGUCUGUUGGUUCUAUUCCUUCAAACACGUUUUUUCCCAGAGGUUCACCUCUAGUAACUGACAUUUCUAGGGCAAUCCUCAAUGUGACACAAGGAGAUAAAAUCAAAAUUAUUGAGGAUGCAUGGUUCAGGAAAAACGAUUGUCCACAGACCGAUACUUCAAUUUCUCCAGAUAAUCUAGGCCUUGAUAGCUUCUGGGGCCUUUUCCUUAUAGCAUUCGUUGCUUCACACUCAUCAUGCGGUGCAAAAAUUGAGUUCUCCACAAGUACUUAUUGCCCAUCAAGUCCCUCACCAUCUGGUCAAAUGGAAUCAAAGUUCUCGUUUAAUGGAGAUCACGGAAUGUUUUUUGCAUACCAUGGUGAUGUUAAUCCAUAUGGCCAUGAAGCUCAUGACAUGCAGAUAACCAUCAUGCAAAAUGUUCCAUCUGCAAGAAUUACGACUCCAGAAGUAGCUCCUCCAUGCUGA